AUGGUCCUACUGGUCUUUGCCAUCACAUCACGUUGCGGGGUGGCCAUGCAAGAUACGUUCUUUCAAAGGCUGUUCGAUGAAACCAGCGUUCUGUUUAAUAACGGAACACCCCGUAUUCCGGAUACGAUCGCUUUCCGGAAGGAGUACGAUUUCAUCAUCAUUGGUGCCGGUUCCGGUGGGUCGGUCAUGGCGAACCGUCUGUCGGAAAUGCGGGACUGGAACGUACUGUUGCUUGAGGCGGGCAAGGAGGGCAACAUGCUGACGGAGGUACCUCUAACCGCGGGACUGACCAGCAUUACGGGAUACAACUGGGGCUACAAAGCGGAUCCAAUGAAGGGUGCCUGUUUGGGUCUCAAGGGCGGUGUCUGUAACUGGCCGAAAGGGCGCGGUCUCGGAGGCACGAGUCUCAUAAACUUCCUCAUCUACACAAGGGGACAUCGGAGGGAUUACGACGGUUGGGAACAGGCAGGCAAUCCAGGAUGGGGCUUUCGUGACGUGCUGGAAUACUUCAAGAAGUCGGAACGUGUGCAAAUUCCGGAGCUGCGCAACUCUCCUUACCGCUCUACGGCAGGUCCGGUAGACGUGGAGGAGUCAUCGUUUGAGACGCCGUUAUUGAAGCGCUUCAUCGAUGCGGGGCGAGAACUGGGCUACAUGGAGACGGAUCCCAAUGGCGAAAUACAGCUCGGAUUCGGCAAGGCACAAGCGACAAUGCGUAGAGGACGUCGAUGCAGCGCGGCGAAGGCUUACCUUGUGCCCGCCGUACGUCGACCAAAUUUGGACAUUUCGAUGUACUCCCGAGUGACCAAAAUACUGAUCGACCCCGUCACGAAGCUGGCGUACGGCGUGGAGUUCAUGAAGCGCAGACGACGAUACGUGAUCCGUGCACGCAAGGAAGUGAUCUUGGCGGCGGGUGCCAUUGCUUCUCCCCAGCUACUGAUGCUGUCCGGGGUGGGUCCUAGAGAUCAUCUGAAGGAUAUUGGCAUUCCUAUGGUGCAGGAUCUUCCGGUUGGGUAUAACUUACAAGACCACCUGAAUCUUCCCGGACUAGUCUUCCCGGUCGAUCAGCCGGUGACUGUGCGGGAGCGUGACAUGCGAUCACCACGGUACAUUCUUGAUUAUAUGAUGAACGGACGAGGUCCAUUCACGUCUCCCGGGGGUGCCGAAGGUGUUGCUUUCGUCAAGACGAACAUCAGCUUCACGCCUUCCGACUAUCCGGACAUUGAGCUGGUGAUGGGCACGGGAGCCUACAACAACGACGAAUCUGGAUCGCUUCGGGCCACCAUUGGCAUAACGGACGAGUUCCAUCAUCACACGUACGGGUCGAUCCUUGGGAAGCACGCGUUUUCUGUCUCACCGGUCCUAAUGCGCCCAAAGAGCCGUGGACGAAUCUAUCUGAAGAGCGACAACCCGUUCCAUUGGCCGCGGAUGGAGGGUAACUUCUACGCGGAUUAUGACGAUCUGGCAGUGCUGCGGGAAGGUGUCAAGCUGACGGUGGAUCUGAUCGAAUCGCGCAGCUUCCGCGGCAUUGGGGCACGGUUGCACAGUACACCGUUUUACGGCUGCGAGCAGCAUCGUUUCCGUAGCGACGAGUACUGGGAGUGUGCCAUCAGAAGAGUCGGCAGCACGUUACAGCAUCAGUGUGGUACGUGCAAAAUGGGACCGGCCACCGAUCCGGAAGCGGUCGUCAAUGCGCAGCUGCAGGUGUACGGCAUACAGGGUUUGCGUGUUGUCGAUGCCUCGAUCAUGCCCACCAUUCCGGCGUCUCACACCAACGCGGUGGUGUUUAUGAUCGGCGAGAAGGCAGCCGACAUGGUGAAAGAAUUCUGGGCCAACGAAAUUCGCUGA